UUCUACACAGGGAAGACAGUGCUGUAUCCGUAUGAACCAGUUGGCUGUUUCAAGGAUAAACAAGAUCCACGCGCUCUACCAGAAUUAGUCAAAUUGUACAGUGUCAACGAGACAGAUUUGGCCAAUUCCCUUGCACGCGUAAUUCAGAAGUGUGCUGCUAAGGUGUAUGAGAAUGGCUUCUGGUAUUUUGGCGUGGAAUUUCGCCACGAAUGCUGGAGUGGAGUGAACGGUAGCUUGACUUACAACAUACAUGAGCGAUCCAACAGUUGUUUAUGGGAUCAUGGCGUGGGAUCUGUAUGGACCAUAUUUGUUUACCGCUUUGUUGAAGUGAAUGGCAGUUGGAGCCAGUGGUCGUCAUGGCAACCAUGCAGCGUGACGUGUGGAGGGGGACACAGGACACGUGCUCGCACAUGCUCUAAUCCAGCGCCUAAAUGGAACGGAAAGUAUUGUCCUGGGACAAAUAUCUCUGCAGAGAGCUGUAAUUUUCACAAAUGUAAAGGUAUAUGCCUUUUUUUUUGAAAUAGUUUUCCUUAAAAUGAUUCCGGCUUAUCUUGAUGCUCUAGUAUGUUCCUUGCUUUUCAUUAUGGAAGUGAGUUAGUUUUCGAUUUCUAAGGUGGCUUUGUGCCUUAAGAAUACACUCAAACCUCUUUUAUACAGGCAUCAAAGAGGCAGAACUGAAUGCCUUUACUAUAAAUGUGUACGUGAGGGGAGAGGUUCCACCGUAAAGUGUUAUUUAAAGUGGUUGUCAGAAUGUUGUUAAGACGUAAAGGCAAGAGAUCAAUAUAUAAAUGUAACAUAGUUUUAGACAGACAUUAAAACUUACAAAGUACAUAUAGAGUAAAGAACUGUCCCAAUAUACUAAAAACUAACAAUACAAUCUAUUUGAAAUCAAAGAGACAUCUAUUUACAGUGCAUGAGUCGACUUGGUAAGGAUGGGACCUACCGCGUAGGGUGCUGUUCUUACGUGGUCGGAGAACAUCCUGCAAGGGAUACGAGGGAGUACCCA